GCUGCCCAAAACACAAGGUCUGCAAAUUGUAAACAGAAGACCGAAUUUUAUAAAAAUUAAUUUUUUAUAUUGAAGGUCUUCGUAAUUUAAGUUGAAAAAUGUCUCAAGUACUGCCCAAAGUUUUGCUCCGAUCCAGCACACCUCAACUUCAAUUCCUGCGGUUUCGUGGAAAAAUCAACAUUCAACGUCCCCAAAAGAAUUCCUAUGAAAAAGCUCGUUUUCUCGCUGCUACAAUGCCAGUUCUCCCAAAGCCCGCAUACAACCAACGAUGCAUCGAUUACGCGUUGCGUGACCAGAAAAUGAAGGAAGUUGUCGAUAAUCCCUACAAUCUCAUUAUCGCACGUGAAGUCCGUAAUUGGUUCGAUCAUUCGCAGAUGAUUUGCAUUUUUCACUUGAAUCCCAUCUCGCAAGAGGACCUUUUCAAUGCGCAAGUUGCCUUUCACAAGCAAGGCAUGAAAUUAAAGAGUUAUGGCAAGAAAAUUCUUCAAUUAGCAAUUGGCGGAUCGAAAUACGAAACAAUUCUCCCGUUAUUCGAUACGAAACAUUGCAUCGUCUUUAGCCCCGAGAUAAAAGUGAAUCAAGUGCUGAAAAUUAUUAAAAAGCAUCCGCAAAUGAUUUUGAUGGCUGGCAUUGCGUAUGAUCGGUAUUUGAGUAAAAAUGAGUUAGUUGCGUUGGGAACGAUGCCCGAUUUGCAAACUCAAAGAGCACAAUUUGCGGCGUUGCUUCAAAGUGCGGGACAACAAGUUGUGAGCAAUUUGCAGCAACAUCAAACGCAACUUUGUAGUUUGUUGGACAUGCAUGCGAUGGGAAGUGAACAAACUACAGCUAAAAGUGAGGCUCCGAGUGAAGCAAAAACGGAAGAAGUGAAAGAAAAGCCCGCUGAUGACAAAUGAGAAAUGUAAAUAAAUUUAAAAGUAGUUAACAAA